GCGACCACUCAGACUCACUGUGGUAUUCGACCUUCUCGCCAUCCCUCACCGUCGCAUUUCUCAAUAUGACUGGCCCACCAACUCCCCCUCUUACAACUGAAGCAGAGAUUCUGGAUGCAGCGCGCAGCUCCAUCCCUCCUCAGGCCACCCCGAUGGCGACAGACACGCCGGACACAACGGCGGAGCCACCCGCCGAGCAGCCUCCAUUGUCGCAGCAGACCGAGGCAGCCUCUGAAGCGGACGUAGAGCCACAAGGAACGUCCUACGAACUCCUGUUCCCGACUCUUGCGGAGCUUGCUGCCCAAGAACAGUAUCGCGAGUUGGCUGCUCUAGCUGAGCGGGGAGAGGCUUCGGGUGCGAAGGGGAAUGACUUGACGCGAAUGUAUGUCGUAGCACCACUGAUACUUGCGUAUCUUAUCCUCGACGACGUUGCUGCUGCUCGGCAUGCCCUGACGAGGUUGCCGAACAUGUACCUCCGUCUUCCUGUCUCGAAUUCCUUGUUUGGUAUCCUAAGUGCGGUGCACAACCGACAGCACGAAACAGUCUAUGCCAGCGCUGAGGAACUGUUCAACCUGUGCCACCAACCUAGUUUGUCAAACGAAAAGCUGGGCUCUGUCCUAGCUGAGAUGACCAAAGCCUUCAUUGAUGCGUUCAGGAGCAAGACCUUCGCGUUGCUGGGCAAGGCGUACACGUCCAUCUCCGCUCCACUGGCACAGCGCUACCUUGGGUUACCCAUCGAUCAGAUUCUUGCAGUCGCCGCCAACAAUGGUUGGGCAUACGAUGCUGCUAAGCAAGUCUUGACGCCGCCUCGAAAUGCAACACGCACGCGCGUCAUGAUUACAGAUCCCUCAACUUUGUCUACUCUCGGCGCUGUUGUGGAUACCAUCUCCACGGCCUGAGAAUUUGCCAUCCGUGUCUCUGCCGAGUCGUGCAACAAGUGUAUCACCAAUCGCAGCUUUCAGCCAACCCGCCCUAUUGUGUCUGUACUCUAAGUAGCUUUGCUGGGAUCUUGUAGAAUAUGACUGUUUCGUAAGGUUGCUCAUCACUGAGUACUGAUUGCGGGUGAUCGCGCCUUUGAGUGCACUUGUCAAUCCCCGCAGUUGAAAGCUUCACUCCAAAUUCAGAUCUUGCCCUUAGCUGGCAAACCGGUUAUAGGCAGUGUGAUUUGCCCAGCCUUCAGUAAGCUGGUCAACUACUGCCUUCAAACAACUAAGGGCC